AAAAAAAGAAAAUAUUAAAACCCAAGGUUGGUGGAGAAAAAAACACUGAAUUCAGGUUUAAGUUACAAGCCUUGUGUUUUCUUCUUCUCUCUCUAGAUCGCAAUCUCCAUGUCUGGUUAGAGCUUCCUUUCCUCUGUCGUAUCUUUACUUCCUACCGAAUCUCUUUCUGGAAAACAUCCUCUGUUCCUUUGUUCUUGUCCUUGAUGGCUUCUAAGGUCGAUUCCAGCGUCUCCGAUCUCUUCUCAUCAGCUCCAUCUCUCCAGAGUAACCUCGGGAUCUUGUCUCCUGAUCAGAUCGAAUUGGCCAAGAUCCUGUUAGAGAAUGGUCAGAGACAUCUCUUCAUGCACUGGUCUGAGCCAGGCGUCUUUGACAAUGAGAAGCUAGGAUUCUUCGAUCAGAUUGCUCGAUUGAAUUCAAGCUAUCCAGGGGGAUUAGCAGCAUACAUUAAGACUGCUAAAGAGCUUCUAGCUGAUUCAAAGCUAGGGAAGAACCCAUAUGAUGGUUUCUCUCCUUCUGUUCCUUCAGGUGAAAAUCUUACUUUUGGUGAUGACAACUUCAUUGAAAUGGAGAAAAGAGGUGUCGUCGAAGCUAGGAAAGCUGCUUUUGUUCUUGUUGCUGGUGGGCUUGGUGAGCGUCUUGGUUACAAUGGAAUCAAGGUGGCUCUUCCAAGGGAGACAACUACAGGGACAUGCUUUUUGCAGCACUACAUUGAAUCUAUAUUGGCUCUCCAAGAAGCUAGCCUCAAGGUCGCUUCCGAUGGAAGUCAGACGGAUAUUCCUUUCAUUAUCAUGACAUCUGAUGAUACACAUUCACGUACCCAAGAUCUGUUAGAGUUAAACUCUUACUUUGGGAUGAAACCUACGCAAGUGCAUCUCCUGAAACAGGAAAAAGUUGCAUGUCUUGAUGACAAUGAUGCUAGACUUGCGUUGGACUCCAACAACAAAUACAAGAUCCAGACAAAGCCUCAUGGACAUGGCGAUGUACAUUCGCUUCUUUAUUCCAGUGGUCUUCUUGAUAAAUGGCUUGAUGCUGGUUUAAAAUGGGUUUUGUUUUUCCAAGAUACAAACGGACUUCUCUUCAAUGCAAUUCCAGCUUCUUUGGGUGUGAGUGCUACCAAGCAAUAUCAUGUCAACUCUCUCGCUGUUCCCCGCAAGGCAAAAGAAGCUAUUGGAGGAAUUACUAAACUUACCCAUGCUGAUGGCAGAUCUAUGGUGAUCAAUGUGGAGUACAAUCAACUUGAUCCUCUACUUAGGGCAUCUGGAUUCCCUGAUGGGGAUGUUAAUUGUGAGACAGGCUAUUCCCCUUUUCCUGGAAAUAUUAAUCAAUUGAUUCUUGAACUUGGUCCAUACAAAGAAGAGUUGCAAAAAACUGGAGGGGCCAUUAAGGAGUUUGUUAAUCCAAAAUACAAGGAUAGCACCAAAACAUCAUUCAAAUCUUCAACUCGUCUAGAGUGUAUGAUGCAAGAUUAUCCAAAGACAUUACCACCAACAGCACGUGUUGGAUUCACGGUGAUGGAUAUAUGGCUUGCUUAUGCACCCGUUAAGAAUAACCCCGAGGAUGCUGCUAAGGUACCAAAGGGAAACCCAUACCACAGUGCAACUUCUGGAGAAAUGGCCAUUUAUCGUGCUAACAGCCGUAUUCUUCAAAAGGCUGGUGUGAAAGUGGAAGAGCCUGUGAAGCAGGUCUUGAACGGCCAAGAAGUUGAAGUAUGGUCUCGUAUCACAUGGAAACCCAAAUGGGGAAUGAUCUUCUCUGAUAUCAAAACAAAAGUCAGUGGGAACUGCGACAUCUCCCAGAGAUCAACGAUGGCUAUUAGGGGUCGAAAUGUGUUUAUCGAAAAUCUCUCCCUGGAUGGUGCCCUUAUUGUAGAUUCAAUUGAUGAUGCCGAGGUAUGGAAAGACUAUUUUAUCUCUUUAGUUAUAGUAUCAUGUGAACAGACUUAUGUAUCAUGUGAAAAAACAGGUGAAACUUGGAGGCUCAAUCAAGAACAGUGGCUGGACCAUGGAAACCGUAGACUACAAAGACACAUCGGUUCCAGAGGAAAUAAGAAUCAGAGGUUUUAGAUUCAACAAAGUGGAGCAACUCGAAAAGAAGUUCACUCAACCUGGGAAAUUUUCUCUGGAGGGUUAAAGUUAGCAAAGUAAGGAAAUUCGGAAAUCUCGAAUGAUCUAUUUGUUCUUCUGUUGCAUCUUUCAUUCAUCCAACGAGACGCGUGCUUUCUUUACGACAUUUACUUAAUAGUUCAUUUACCAACGAUAUUCAAUAUUUGAUUCUAUGGUCUUAUAAAACAUACUGGCGAUUUUUACUUAAUUUUUUUAUAUAUGUAUGAAUAUUAUAAGGUAGCUACAAAAGUAGAACAAGAAGCUCAGAGAGCCAUUGAUAAAAGUGUUAUGGGGCAGAUAGAUGUAUGUACAAAUGGGCUCAAGACUUGAUCUCUAUACUCAUAAGCUGUAUAUUAAUGGAACAUUGAGGAGCUGAGUACUGAGACAUGCGUGAAACUUCAACAUAAACUACGCCAAAGGUUUUGAGUCAAAAGGGAAAAACUAUUCCAAUUCUGAGCAUCCAGUGAAUGUAGACCAGAGGAAGUCAUUGUCAGGUUAUGCAUAGGCAAUCUUCUGAGCUGGGAUAGAAGCGUGAUGGCACAGGUAGCAAUGGAAUGUUUGAUUCCAAAGAUCAUGGUGCAGAUUUUUGAGGUGAAGUUCUCUGAUUCUUCACUUGAAGAUAGAAGCGUGACAUGAACGUAGGGUGGCAAACACUCUAGUGAUGCUUAACCAACUAACUGAAAGUCAUGUCAUAUUCUCUAGUACAUAUGUAUUCUGUUUCCCUCGGAUCUAAGAUCUGAUUUGCGGUAGUUUUUUUUUAUAAAGAACCAACUGAUA